GUGAAAAGUAAAAAGUCAUAUCAUUGUGAUACCUGCGUUAUUUUGGUAAACGUCUGACAUUAAUUGGGUGACAAGAUGACAUUGAAAGCGGAAGUGACGUCAGAGGAUAAUGACAAUCUGUUCGUGGAUCAGAAAAUUGUCUUUUUGGCCGUUGAAGACGCACGUUCGAGUCUCCUCCCCGGUGGCCACUGCAACCUGAAUUUCUCUGCCUGUUUGAUUUUGUAACUACUGCUUUACCGUUUCUGCGUCUUCCUUGUGAUUGCCCUAACACAACCCCGAUUAUUGAUAACAUUGGCAUCAAAGAAUUUCUUUACAUCACCAGUAUUUAAUCAUCUUUUAAAGACUAAAGGAAGAUACACACCAGUGGUUUCCAACCCUUUUUUUCUUAUGGGUGCCUUUUGAUGACUAUUCUGUUCUGGUCGACCAAUAUAGCCAUUUGAUGUUUAUAAACUACUUUCAAAAUUCAUAUUUUGCUGUUCACACAUUGACUUGUGUAGUUGAACUAUGUAAAAUGUUAGAGAAAGAAACUUAACUGUUUCUUGCCAUAAAUACAUUUAAGAAAAAAAAUUUUUUUUUCGUGAAUCCUUAAAAUACUACCAUAGAUCCCCAAUUUACUGUUUUGCUUGUGUAGGCUCCUUUUGAUUUCUAUUCUGUUCUGGUGGACCCCUAUAGCCAUUUAUUGUUUAAAAACUUGUUUUAUAGAAACUUCUUUUAAAGUUCCUGUUUUGUUUCACACACACUAACUUGUGAAGAACGGACUCUGUAAGACAUAAGAAAAAGUAAUUUUACUGUUUCUUACAAUAAAUACAUCUGAAGAAAAAAUUUUUCAUGGACCUUUAUGUUACUGCUGCGGAUCCCCAAUUUGCUAUGUUGUUUUUGUAGAUCUCUAAAAGUCUUACAAAAACCCCAGUUGAGAACCACCAAUAUACACAGAACAUAUAUAACACUGUUUUGAGAUUAUUAGCAACGUUUCUCUACUUCACUGUUUGGAAUGAGUACAAGAUGAUUUUUGCCUUCUCAUUAAAUUUGCAUUAUAAAGGAGUUUGCCAAACGUUCACAUAACAAUAAAGAAUAUAAAUGAUGAAAGUAUAGUAGCAGCAAUGUAUUUAUUUAUUGGCAAUCAACUAUAAAAUAAAGAAAAAAAAUAAGCAUUUGUGGGCAGGAAGUAAUCAUCAUCAUCAUCAUCGUUUAACGUCCGCUUUCCAUGCUAGCAUGGGUUGGACGAUUUGACUGAGGACUGGUGCAACCGGAUGGCUACACCAGGCUCCAAUCUAAUUAUGGAAAAUGAAUUGUAUGAGAACGAAGGUGAAUUUGAUGCACAAUCUAAAAAGAUUAACUCUCCUGAUGGUAUAAAGAAAGGAAGAGGUAAAAUAUAUCAGUGUGAUAUCUGUGAGAAGAUAUUUUCUCAAAAGUGUAACCUCACAAUACACAGACGUACUCAUACAGGAGACAAACCAUAUCACUGUGAGAUAUGUGGUAACUCAUUCUCUCACAAGGGUAACUUAACAUCUCACAAACGUAUUCAUACUGGAGAAAAGCCAUAUCAGUGUGAUAUCUGUGGUAAAUCAUUCUCUCAAAAAGGUCACCUAAUCACUCACCAGCUCAUUCAUACAGAUGAAAAACCAUAUCACUGUGAUAUCUGUGGUAAAUCAUAUUCUCGUGAAAUUACCUUAACAAGACACAACCGUAUUCAUACAGGAGAAAAACCAUAUCAUUGUGAUGUCUGUGGUAAAUCAUUCUCACAAAAAGGCCACCUACUUACUCACCAACGUAUUCAUACAGAAGGAAAACCAUAUCACUGUGACAUCUGUGGUAAAUCAUUCUCUCGUGGAAUUAACUUGACCAGGCACAAACGUAUUCACACUGGAGAAAAACCAUUCCAGUGUGAUGUCUGUGGUAAAUCAUUCUCUGAAUGUGGUGUCUUAACUUUACAUGUACGUAGUCAUACGGGAGAGAAACCAUAUCACUGUGAUACCUGUGGUAAAUCAUUCUCUGGAGCAAGUACCUUAACUAAACACAAACUCACUCACACAGGAGAGAAACCAUUUCUCUGUUACAUCUGUGGUAAAUCAUUCUCUCAAAAAAUUCAUUUAACUACACACGUAGGUGUUCAUGCAGAAAAGUGACUGUAUCAAUGUUAAAAUUUAAAUUGUUAAAUAAAAUCUUCUAUGUCUGUCAUUCAAA